GAAAAACAGAGGAACACAAUGGCAGGGAGAAUAAGCUGCUGUCUGAAUCUUCCUCUCCUAGAUUCCAACUCUGCGCAAUCAUCUCCUCAACGACUCAAGACAACGUCGAAGAUCUCUUGGAGGAGAACAGAGGCUGAAACCGAGCCAAGAAAGAACAAGUGCCCCCUUCCCAUGGCCGUGGCAGCGACUGUUGUGAUCGGCGCUAUUCAGAUCAGUAACGUGCCGUUAGUGGAAGCGGCAGUUAUAAAACCGACGGUGAUCAAAGAGAUGGCGCCGCGGAGGUGGAGUGACAAGAGAGCUUGUCCGCCUUGGCUUCAGAACUCACUCGAGACCAUAGUACCGGAGAAUCUUCCUCGUCCGUCGAGUCAUCGGCGUUUGGAGUUAGCCGGACUUGGUAAGCGUGACGCACCGCCGGUCGGUGCGGUGGUGACACGUGCCAGUAAGGUUGCUUGUUACUCCAUGUAAAUUGGAAGUUUAUUACGUGUACGCGAAGGUGAUAGACACGUGUAAAAAUUAGUUAGAUACAAACUGUAAUACACACGUAAACUUUUGUCAAUAAAUAAAAGUCG